CGUUGCAUAGGUUUUCAUAAAUACAAAGGAUUUAUCCUAGUGCUUCUCUUUCUGAGAAUGGCAUCUCGUGGAGGUCAACGUGCUACUGGAACGGAUGGAACUGAUUUUCAACAUAGACAACGAAUUGCUGCUCAUUAUCAAGAGAGUGCUCAAUAUAAAUUUAUCUUGAAAUGGUUCUUUGUUCCACAUUUUCUCAUCCUCAUCUUUAUGUGGGCAAAGGUUGGAAGCGAAAUUCUUAGGCGAGAAUUUGGUUGGCGAAGUGCUUUCUUUGAGCGGCUGGAUAUGCCUUCCGCCUAUCCUUGGGAAUAUGUAUGGUGUUUGUCAUUCAUUCCAAUCAUAUGUGCGAUGUUAUCAUUCUCUAAAAAUAGGGUCAAGCUGAUCAACUAUCAUUACUAUGGACACUUCCUGUUUGGAGUACUUCCAUGUAUGAUCGGUCUCGGUGGUCAGCUACCAGAACUUUUCGAUUAUAUGAGGAGUCUUCCCAAUGGUCAUCAUCUGAAAGAAUUCUCGGAAAUGCAUUGCUUCGAACCGAGUGAUGCAAAGAACAUGCAGUUUCGGCGGGGAACGACAACACUUGCAUUUGUUUAUGAACCGGCGACCGCCAAUGACCAGGGAGGUAUCGUAGUAGCUGUGGAUUCGCGAGCAUCCUCCGGGGAGUACAUCUCUUCGAAAUCUGUGAUGAAAAUCCUGGACAUCGGGGAUCAUAUGGUUGCCACCAUGGCCGGAGGAGCCGCUGACUGCCAAUUCUGGACGAGGACUGUAGCAAAGUACUGCAACUUAUUCGAGCUACGAGAGAAAACGCAGAUAACCGUAGCCGCAGCUAGCAAGUACUUUGCUAACGUUCUUUACAACUACCGCGGUAUGGGACUCUCUGUGGGUUCCAUGAUUGCCGGAUACGACAAGAGAGGGCCACAGAUUUUCAAGGUGGACAGUGAAGGUGAUCGCUGCCAGUUACAAGUUUGCAGUGUUGGAUCAGGUUCAUUGAAUGCAUAUGGCGUUCUGGACACUCACUAUAAGAGAAAGAUGACCGAUGAAGAAGCACUGAAACUGGGACGUCGGGCAAUCAUGCAUGCCACUUACAGAGAUACUGGUUCCGGUGGUGUCUGCAACAUUGUGCACAUAACACCCAAGGAGAAGAAACGUUUGCCACCUAUCGAUGUCAGCAAGUUGUGGUAUGAAUUCGCCGAUGAGCUUGGACGCGACAUUGUGUAUGAACCUCGUGAUGAAUGAAUACUAUGUUUUUGACGUUAGUGAACGCAUAUAUUGAUUGCAUUGGUUAAGGACUCUCCAUUUUAAUAAAUUAUU